AUGGUAACCCGAGGGGAAAAACAGACCUACCGAGGCUGCACGAAGGAAGACUUUUUUCACUGGCCUUCAUCACGGCGGCUUGGAUUGUCCUGUGCCAACUGUCACACCACAACUACCACCUUAUGGCGCAGAAACGCCGAGGGUGAACCCGUGUGCAAUGCUUGUGGACUCUACAUGAAACUCCAUGGGGUGCCCAGACCACUUGCUAUGAAGAAAGAGGGAAUUCAAACCAGGAAACGAAAACCUAAGAACAUAAAUAAAUCAAAGACUUGCUCUGGUAAUAGCAAUAAUUCCAUUCCCAUGACUCCAACUUCCACCUCUUCUAACUCAGAUGAUUGCAGCAAAAAUACUUCCCCCACAACACAACCUACAGCCUCAGGGGCGGGUGCCCCGGUGAUGACUGGCGCGGGAGAGAGCACCAAUCCCGAGAACAGCGAGCUCAAAUAUUCGGGUCAAGAUGGGCUCUACAUAGGCGUCAGUCUGGCCUCGCCGGCCGAAGUCACGUCCUCCGUGCGACAGGAUUCCUGGUGCGCCCUGGCCCUGGCCUGAGCCCAUGCCGCCAAGAGGCAGGGAGGGCUCCGCCGCGGGCCUCACUCCACUCGUGUCUGCUUUUGUGCAGCAGUCCAGACAGUGGCGACUGCGCUGACAGAUCGUGAUUCUCGUGCCUUUAUUUUGAAAGAGAUGUUUUCCCCAAGAGGCUUGCUGAAGAGUGAGAGAAGAUGGAAGGGAAGGGCCGGUGCAACUGGGCGCGUUGCCUCCCUCUCUGGCCAGGGCCACUCCAGCCAGCCCGCCUCCGGGGCGGACCCUGCUCCGCUUCCAGAAACAGGACUAGGACCUGGGCCUGGCCUGCUAAGGAAUAUUGAGAGAGAUUUUUUUAAAAAGAUUUUGCAUUUUGUCCAAAAUCAUGUGCUUCUUCUGAUCAAUUUUGGUUGUUCCAGAAUUUCUUCAUACCUUUUCCACAUCCAGAUUUCACGUGCGUUCGUGGAGAAGAUCACUUGAGGCCAUUUGGUACACAUCUCUGGAGGCUGAGUCGGUUCAUGAGGUCUCUUGUCAAAAAUAUUACUCAGUUUGCAAGACUGCAUUGUAACUUUAACAUACACUGUGACUGAUGUUUCUCAAAGUUCAUAUUGUGUGGCUGAUCUGAAGUCAGUCAGAAUUUGUAAACAGGGUAGCAAACAAGAUAUUUUUCUUCCAUGUAUACAAUAAUUUUUUUUAAAAGUGCAAUUUGCGUUGCAGCAAUCAGUGUUAAAUCAUUUGCAUAAGAUUUAACAGCAUUUUUUUAUAAUGAAUGUAAACAUUUUAACUUAAUGGUACUUAAAAUAAUUUAAAAGAAAAAUGUUAACUUAGACAUUCUUAUGCUUCUUUUACAACUACAUCCCAUUUCUAUAUUUCCAAUUGUUAAAGAAAAAUAUUUCAAGAACAAAUCUUCUCUCAGGAAAAUUGCCUUUCUCUAUUUGUUAAGGAUUUUUAUACAAGAACACCAAUAUACCCCCUUUAUUUUACUGUGGAAUAUGUGCUGGAAAAAUUGCAACAACACUUUACUACCUAACGGAUAGAAUUUGUAAAUACUCUAGGUAUCUGUAAACACUCUGAUGAAAUCUGUAUAGUGUGACUAACCCACAGGCAGGUUGGUUUACAUUAAUUUUUUUUGAAUGGGAUGUCCUAUGGAAACCUAUUUCACCAGAGUUUUAAAAAUAAAAAGGGUAUUGUUUUGUCUUCUGUA